UGGCAGUGGAGAAGAUGGACGCCAUGCUGUCGGCCGAGGGAGCGUGGAGCUCUCAGUACAAAGACAUCAGCGACAUGGACGAGCUGAAGGCUCCAGAUUGUGCCGAGACUUUCAUGACUCUCCUACAGGUCAUCACCGAGCGGUACCGGGCCUUGCCCUGUCCUUCAGCACAACUCAAGUUUCUGGGGCUUCAGAGAGAACUGGUGGAUGACUUCCGCAUCCGACUCACCCAGGUGAUGAAGGAGGAGUCUCGCUGCCCGCUGGGUGCCCGUUAUUGUGCCAUCCUCAACGCUGUUAACUACAUCUCCACCAUCCUGGGAGACUGGGGAGACAAUGUGUUCUUCCUGCAGCUGCAGCAGGCAGCGGUGUCACUUGGUGAGGAGGUGGUGCUGGGAGGCCUGGGGGUGAUGGAGGUGGGUCGCCUGGCCUCUCUGGAGGGCUCUCUGUUUGAAGGCCUGUUGGCGCUGCUGGACCGACUGAAAGGAGACAUGAUGGGACGGCUGCUGGAAUGGACCAUGAGAGAAAUCACAGAGAAAGCCAAACCGUACGGCCAAGACAGGUGGUUGUCCCUACCGCCCCAGCAGGACCAGUCCACCAUGACCCUGUCCAGUUCAGCAUGUCCCAUGAUGCUGUGUGUGAGGGACAGAUUGUUGAACCUUCAUCAGGUCCUGAGUCUUCCUCUGUUCCAACUGGCCUGGCAGGGCCUUGCAGAGAGACUCGACAACGUCCUCUACCAGGAUGUGAUCCUGUCCAAUCAUUUCAGUGAAGGUGGAGCAGCUCAGCUUCAGUUCGACAUGACCAGAAAUCUAUUUCCUCUGUUUGGUCACUACUGCAAAAGACCUGAAAACUUCUUUAAGCAUGUGAAGGAGGCGUGCAUCAUCUUGUGUCUUAAUGUGGGCUCUGCCAUUCUGCUGAGGAAUCUCCUCAAAGAUUCUGAGGGUGAAGGGACCGGUUGGGCGGGUGCAGGCGAUCCUCCACCAGAGUCUGCUCUGAACGAGUUGGGGGUUUACUGCCUGGCUGCCUCUGACGUGUUGAUUCUCCUCAACCUCAGAGCCUCCUGGCCCGGACAGUAACGACCCUCCCUGGAUGGAGUUCGUCAAAUGUUUGUCAUUAGCUUUAACAUUCUUUUGUAAAUACGAUAAGUUAGGACUGAUCACCUAGUGUUCAGUAAGUUAGUCAUUGUAACAACUUAUUAUUGUGUUGCACUAUAUUUCAGGGACCCACUAACCUGUCACCUCAGUUGACUGAAGUAUACCACGACAAAAUAGUUAUGACAAUUGUUAUGUCAAAAUGGAUUAUGUAAUAAAACGCCAAUGGUUCCCUA